UGCGGGCCGAAUUGGCCGUGAAGAUGGACGCCGAGUCGUUCACGAACACGAUGAAAAUCGCCCGUCGCGUAGUGGCCACUUACGUGUCGACAUGCUAUCAAAAGUUUGAACGAUCCAAGCGCCUUCACGAAGCGUUGGUGUCGCGGAAGUGGCCUGAAAUCAGCUACGUCAACCUCGAGUUGCGACAUAUCUAUGUCAAAAACGGCCUCCCUUGCUUUUGUGGGAUCGAAGUCAGUACCUUGGACCAGUUGGCCGACACUUUGGUGAAGAUGCACGUCAGCUCCAUCCACCGGGCCAAUGCCCUGGACACGUGCCUCCUCGACAUGGGCAUUCCAACGUGGACUCCAACUCUGAAUCGGUCCAUGCGCUUGCUUUCAUCUCAAUUUGUGCAGUACGGUGUCGCCACAGUGACCAAGGAUUUCGUCCUGACAAGUGCAAAUUGUGUCGGGCAGAACAUCCUUUCGUCGCCAGAGUACAAGAGGCAGAUGUCGCUGUGGCGUCUCGCGCAGCAACAACAGAUCGAUGUGGUCGCUGCGCUGGCUGAAGUGGGUGAUUUCGUCCAUCAAGUCGUCCUGGAUUGGAUUUCACGUGGCGUUGUGCAUACCUCCCAUAAGCAUGGCGGAACGAUCAACAGCGUGGACGGAAUUUUGGAAUUCCUGGUCGACCAUUAUCGCCCCAAAUCGUGCUCGUCGUGUCGCAAGGCCGUUGGGGUGUCGGGGGUGAAUUGCUCAUUUUGCGAGUUGGCAAUCUGCAAGUCGUGUGUUUGUGAAUGCUACAAGUGUGGGGCCAAGCUAUGCGGCACCUGCUCUGCAAUCAUUUAUUCCAACGACACAUCGAUUACGUUAUGCAUGGGGGGCUGCGCUUUGUGACGAUGCAUUGAUCCAACUACGGCUUACUGCUAACGUUCAUGCAAG